GCACAGGUAUGGUGGACCUUCAAAUCCUGGAGAAACACCGACGAUGUCUGCAAACAUUCAGGUGUCUGGGCCUCGGGUAGAACUGACUGCAGUGUGCAGUGUGUUUGAACAGGGAACCAAGAAUGCAGCUAAGCAAGAAUGGAGUCACUGUUUGUAUAAUAUUCACGAUAGAUACAAAACAUAUAAUUGAAAUGAUUAAAUAGUAAAUAUUAUAUACAGAGAACAUUACUGCCAAACGCCAGCCUCAUUUGUGUCGGUUGGUCCGUCGGUGUGUUCUCCACCCGAGAGUAGCGAGAACUGAAGUUGUGACCCAGUGGGGCUGCCAUACAUGUAGUUGCUGUCGUUGCUGUAACGUAGGCGGCUCACACUUGCUGUCGUCUGCACCGACCACACAGACAUUGCUCCCAUCGUCGGCGGUGCGAGUUGCAGCUGUACAUCGCGUUGCUGAGGUCGAAGGUCGUCAGACGUACGUACACCAAGAGUCAUGGGCAAGAAAGUACUGAUGGUCCUGACCAGCCAUUCGGUGCUGGGCAACACCGGUAAACCCACGGGCUGGUACCUACCCGAGGUAGCUCACCCGUACCACGAAUUCAAGAAAAAUGGAAUUUCCGUCACCUUUCUGAGCCCGGCUGGCGGCAAGGCACCCGUGGACCCCGCCAGCCUGGUGGCCUUCAAAGACGAUGCCAUCUGUCAGGAGUUCCUGGCAGACAAGGAGGUCCAGAAGCAGCUUGAAAACACGGUGACAGCAGACCAGGUGUCGGCCAGUGACUUUAACGCAGUCUUCUACGCCGGGGGCCACGGACCGAUGUUCGACAUCCCUGACAAAGCCAUCGCCAAGCUGGCCACCCAGGUGUACGAGAAGGGAGGAGUUUUGUCUGCUGUGUGUCAUGGAACUGUUGGUUUGGUGCCAGUAAAACUGUCCAAUGGCAAGAGCGUGUUGGAGGGUCAGACAGUGACGUCAUUCACUAACAGCGAGGAGGACGCGGUCGACCUGUCCAAGGCCAUGCCCUUCAUGCUGGAGACGCGCCUCAAGGAGCUAGGGGCAAAGUUCAAGGCCGCUGACAACUUUCAAAAGAAUGUGGUGGUAAGCGGACGCAUCGUGACUGGACAGAACCCGGCAUCAGCCACGGCUACUGGCGAAGCUGUCGUCCAGGUGCUGAGCAAGUCGUAACCCUGACCUUUGCCCCUUCUUGGGUUCAGCAGCCAGCGAGAACUGCACGUGCUACCCAUAGAUGGCAACACUCGUCUGCUACAGCUAUGGACAUAGAACAAAUGUUAGCGUGGAAGAAUAUUAGUAUUUCUUCGUUC